AUGAAACCCACGCUCACCCACGUCCCCAAGCCUAGAAUCGUAGUACUCCCGAAAGUUGCCACAACAGAGUCUCGGGAAAUGGCCCGGAAGCGGCGCUGCGGCGAGGAUGCCUCCCCAGAGGCCGGAAGGCGAGGCCGACGGCAUGUUGGACUUGGAGCAGUCAUACUGGAAAACUUGGGCUACUCCGGAAACGACGAUGAAGGCCAGGAAGCCAAGGUCGCAAAGCUCGAUACCUAUGCUGCUCCCGAGGGCGUGGAGCGCGCAAGCCCAGAUGAGGCGCCCAGGAAGCGCCGGCCGCGCAAGGAGAAGCGUCUCCCAGAGGUGGAGGCUGCAAGCGGAGAUGAGGCGCCCAAGAAGCGCCGGCCUCGAAACGCCCGUGAGGCUGCAGAUGGAGCUGACGAAGAGCAGGCGCAGGGCGACCGCGCACAGAGGCAGAGACGAGCCAGGCCGAAAGAGAAGCAGCCAGAGUUCGGCGAGGAGGAGGAACCUGACGAGGCCUCCGUAGCCGCGUGGAAGCGCCUCCUCGCUGCGCGAGCCGACGGCGAAGACUUGCGCCUGGCUUUCUCCCUGCGGCCCAUGGUUCCGCAGGAGCUACGCCAGCUGGGUCCAGAAAGCUUCCUUGGGAAGAAGAAAGAGCUGGGUGCUCAGCCUUUAUUCAACCGCGAGGGCAAGGUGAACCUCCAGUUUCUCCUUGCCAGCUACAAGGCCUCAGACAAGCGCCGUGGGGAAGACAAGGAUGCAUCCAACCCUCACCAUCCGUUCCUGCUCUGGUUAGUGAAGCAGGCUCGCCAACUGCGGCUGCUGAGCAGCAGGGAGGUGAAACGGGGUCAGAUCCCCAAGCAGCGUCUGGAGCAGGCGAAAAGCAAUGGCUACAGCCUCGCAGAUGGAGCCAAUCUGGCACAGGCUUCCGACGAUGAAGAGCGAAAUCGUCAGAAGGAAGCCGAGGAGCAGGAAAGGUUGGAGAAGCAGGCGGGUGCAGACAUUCUGCAACGUGAAGUUCUAUUCCCAGAGCGAGUCGGCAGUCAGUCCCUCGCUGAGUCGUCCGAGCGCUUGCGGCAGCAGCUGCGAAACCAAGCAGAGCUAAGAAAGGAAAGGAUAAAAGCCCACUCCAGCAGCGGCCAGGAUCUGCAGUCAAUGUCUUCAGUUCUCAGCGCACCAUCCCUUUCGUUCGACUGGGUUGAGCCGGAGUCCGACGAGGAGACCAAUCCGAACGGCACGUUGCAGGUUGAUCUGCCUCCCAGCGCAAAGAGCUCCGAGUCGCGGCGCGAGUUGCUUCGGGAGACGAUCCAGCGUUCUGUGUCCUUCAAGCAGGCCGAAGUCCUCAAUUCCAAGGCAAAUCGUGCAUUGUCCGCAUCGCUGUCGGCAUCCAGUGCAAAGUCCUCUCGGCUGUCGGAGGCGGACAAGCUAGCGGACAAGUUGGCAGACAAGCUCAAAGCGAAGUCCAAGCAAGGCAAUCCUCCGGUGCAUCCACAGGGUGAAGGAUCAGCUACAGCGGCGGCGGCUAUGGCGCUGCCACAAGGAGCAGGCAACGCAGAGGAAGCAUCAGGCCCAGCUGUGGAGACCUCCGCCACGGUGGAUUCUUUCCCAGCAGAAGCAUCAGGCCCAUCUGUGGAGACCUCCGCCAAAGAGCAUUCUACCCCAGCAGAAGCAUCAGGAGCUGUGGAGACCUCCGCCGCGGAGGCCCCCAUCCUGGCCGAAGCGGCAGAUGACCUGGAGAUCAGCGCGACUUUGCCCUUUGAAGUCGAUCUGGAGCAAGGUGCACAGGUGGCGCCAGCAGAUGCAGACCUCUCUGCGACCCUGCCCUUCGACGUUGUGCUGGGUGAGGUGGAGGCACCGGCAAUGGAGGCUGGUGACGAGAGGCACGAUCGUGCGGAUCAAGCACAACCCCGUGUGCCUACAGAGGCGAGCGGCGCUCUCUUGGAGGCCGAGGAGACCAAAACCUCCAGCGAGGAGGAAGCGGAGGACUUGUCUGCUGCGCAGCGCCGGGAGCGGGCCUGGCUCCGGCACCUGAAGCAGAAACUCCGGGAGGAGGACAAGGAGAAUCAGAAGGUGCAGAAGUCCAAAGUCAAGGCGGGCCGCGGCAAAAUGCCAUCACCGGUGGACGAGGAGGACGACCUCUUCCUUGGCAAUCGAGGGAACCGGCAGCGCGGUGACAGAAACAAGCCAAAUCUGCUGCUUGGCACCCGCGCCCCCAGAAGGCAAGUCUGA